AUGCGUAUGUAUGAUGUAAGAAACUGGCUGGAACCUUUGCUCGUAAUUGUUGGACCACACAGGAUCGAUUUGGGUGAGGACGCAAAAUUAAGACUCAUCAUCAGAUCAAAUAAACCAAUUAAAAAAAUUCAUUGGAUAAAAAUACAGGAUGAAGACAGAACGGAAAUCAAGCUUUGGGAGAAUCAGAAACCAGAACUCGACCCUGAAUAUACAUUUCCCUGCAAAACUAUCGAGGAAAACGGUUGCUAUUUAGAACUGAAGGAAGUAACAAUGAAAGAUGAUGCGAAGUAUGAAGCUGUAGUUCAGACUGUUGUUGGCAAAACAACAAGCACGGAAUGUAAGCUUAUGAUAUUGAAAGCGCCUCCACGUGUUAAAGUAUUUACCGAUGGAUCAAAGAGAACCAUUAAAGCAAACAUCAAGUCCAAUGAGGAGGUUCAAUUGUUGACUUGGCAAAGGAUGUACCAUGGAUCAUUUCAGGAUAUUGAUAUCGUGCACAGAAAAUAUAUUGGUUCAACUUUCGACAAAGAGAAUCCAAAGCUAGAGAUCCGGGACUUGACUGCAGAGGAUGAUACGUUGUAUCGCCUAAUAGUAAAAAAUACUGCAGGAGAAUGUACAAGUAAUGAAGUACAUCUGGUACUUAAAGACGGUAAUUAA